AUGGCUUUAGACAACGUGGAAACCAAGUCCAGGGUGGAAAAGUUUGAGUUCGUCAUGGAAAGAGUGUAUGGCAACUAUAGAGACGUUUCGGAUCCAUGUGCAUGGACACCUCCUCCUGCCCCAGGUGGACAUCGUGGCCGGUAUCUAUGGACUGAUGCUUUUGGAGUCAUAAAUUUUCUGACACUUUACAAAAUGCACACUGAGCUAAAAGCUGAAAGCGGAUAUCCAGAGAGAUAUCUCACAUUCGCUGAACGACUUGUGGAUACCGUUCAUGAUGUUUUGGGGAGAACUCGGGAUGGAACUUCCCGUUUACCAGGCGCCACUGAUUCGGAGCCAUUAGCUGGAGGCCUAAGAAUUGGGAAGGUCGACGAGACCGGCUCGGAUGGUGACGGGCAAUACCAUCACUAUCUAACGCAAUGGAUGUUUGCCCUCAACCGGCUGUCAAUGGCAACUGGGAACCCGAUCUACAACAGGCAGGCCUGCUUACUAGGCAAAGCAAUCCAUCCACACUUCCUCGUAGGGCUCGAGACAGACCGCCCCCGUAUGGUAUGGAAGGUAGCGAUGGACCUUUCACGGCCUCUUGUUUCUAGCGAAGGAAACCUAGAUCCGUUGGACGGAUUUGUCACAUUCUCUUUGGUGCAGGCGUCUGCUAAGAAGUUCGGUGACGGUGAAGUAUUUAGGGAGGAGAUAUCUAACUACAAGAAGGUAUCCGAACGUAGGGGGGGCCAUAUCCCGUCAUUGGAUUUCCUUGACCUGGGGAUGACUCUUGUCUCAGUCCAGUGGUUUUAUGAUGAAGACUGGGCUGUCACCUUAGCAUCUCGGUGUUGCAACAUCCUGAAAAAUUUGUUUGAUGAGGAGUAUCACUUGAAGUUCGGCGCAAGCCGCCUCGCAUUCAGGGAAUUCGGAGCGUGUCUUGGCAUCGAAUGUUUCAGGGCAACAGUAGGUCCAGAGGGCGAUUUAUAUGACUACUUCAAGGAAAUGUCAGACGCCAUGAUUGAACAAUAUAACGAUGACGGUACACAAACACCAAACGAGCUGAAGCCUAUCACCAGAGUCAUGUUCGCUUCUGCACUGAUUCCAGGGGCCUUCCAAGCUGGUUUUUUUGGACCUGAGCAUAUCAAGACGGUGACUUAG